UUCGCUCCCCUCCUCCCUCCGGUCUUCCUCUUCUCCCCCCUCCCCUACCGACCUCCAAACCAAGUCCCAUUUCCCCAUCUCAAUCCCACCCAUAAAUCCCCUCGCCCCGCCUCCCGAAUCCCCUCUCGCCUCCGGCCUCACCUCCGCCGCAGCGGCUGCAGAAGAUCGGCCGAUACACCGGACCGGGCUCCUCCUCCGUCCCCGUGUGCCGUUCCACCUUUUCCUGCGCAUCUUUUGGAGCAAAGUUCGCGCCGGAAAGCCUUUUUCUCGCUGUAGGAGAAAGGUCGCGGGUUCGAUCACAGGUGGAAAGCUCGUCGCUUUUGCUCCCCUGUCCGUCUUCUUUGGCUUCCGGGGGCUUUGGGGAAAGAGGAGGAGAGAUCGCUCGCUGCUGGCCACAAAGGGUUGGGAUCUCCUCUCCGCGGAAGAAUCUCUUUCAAGUUUGGGUAGAGCUCGAUUUGGGGCCGUGCCGGAAAGCUCAUUCCGAAGACCUUGACCGCUAGGAGAUCGGUGAAGUUCUGGUUGUCAUCGCAGGGUCUCCGGCAGAUAUGUCUUUCCGCAGCAUAGUCCGCGAUGUUAGAGAGAGCUUCGGAAGCUUAUCAAGGCGGGGCUUUGACGUGAGGAUUUCAGGCCUCCCUGGUCUUUCCGGCCAUCAUCACCGGGGGAAGUCUUUUGGGCCACCGGUUGAGCCACACGGCGGGGCUGUGGUGGCUGAUCAGAAUGGCUGGGUUGGUCUUCCUCCUGAAUUACUUCGUGAUGUGAUGAAAAGGCUGGAGGAAGGCGAGAGCACUUGGCCCUCGCGCAAAGAUGUCGUCGCUUGUGCGGCCGUCUGCAGCGCGUGGAGAGAGAUCUGUAAAGAUAUAGUUCAGAGCCCGGAGUUCUGUGGGAAACUCACUUUUCCGGUGUCGCUUAAACAGCCAGGACCUCGAGAUGGAUUAAUCCAGUGCUUCAUUAGAAGGGACAAAUCAACACUAACCUAUUAUCUCUACCUCUGCCUUAGCCCUGCUGUGCUUAGUGAGAACGGAAAGUUCCUGCUAGCAGCUAAGAGAAAUCGACGGACAACAUAUACCGAAUACGUAAUUUCUGUGGAUUCUAAGAACAUCUCGCGGUCAAGCAACGGCUAUGUUGGAAAAAUGAGGUCGAAUUUCCUCGGCACGAAGUUCAUCGUCUACGACACUCAGCCACCAUACAAUGCCGGGAGCCUCAUCCCAUGCCAGCGUGGCAGCCGCCGCAUCUCUUCCAGGAGGGUCUCCCCAAAGGUGCCCACCGGUAGCUACCCCAUCGCCCAGGUGAAUUACGAGCUCAACGUGCUGGGCACCAGGGGCCCGAGGCGUAUGCAGUGCACGAUGCAUUCCAUCCCGGCCUCUGCAGUCGACCCGGAUGGCGUGGUGCCUGGGCAACCCCAGCAGCUGCUCCCUGGUCCGUUUGACGAGUCCUUCCGCAGCACGAACGCCUCCUCCAGGUUCUCCAUGGCAGACUUCAGCAGUUCUCGCUUCUCAAGCUCCCGAUUCUCAGAUGUAAGUGGUGGGUUGCGGCGAGAGGAGGAAGAUGGGGAUGCCAAGGAGAGGCCAUUGGUUCUACGCAACAAGGUGCCGAGAUGGCACGAGCAGCUGCAGUGCUGGUGCCUCAACUUCCGAGGCAGGGUGACGGUGGCCUCCGUGAAGAACUUCCAGCUGACGGCAGCCGCGCCACAGGUGGCCGCCGUGCCGCCGUCGGAACCUUCGCAGCCGCCCCAGCAGCAGCAGCUCCAGCCUUCAAGUUCAUUGUCGUCAUCGACGUCCGAUCACGAGAAGGUGAUCCUGCAGUUUGGUAAGGUUACCAAGGACAUGUUCACCAUGGACUACCGGUACCCGCUCUCGGCGUUCCAGGCGUUCGCCAUCUGCUUGACCAGCUUCGACACCAAACUGGCCUGUGAAUGAAUAGACCAGUGCAGUGGCACAAGUAUUUAUGUGUGACAAGUCCAUCAAGAUCUUUUGCUUUUUCUAUUGCUGUUGUUGAUUUACUUGUUUAUUUCCCCGAGUGUCAAGAAUGGCAAGAAAUAUAAAGGUUUGGUCGCUGCUAUGUUUUUCAUGCC